AUGUCUCGCCAACCAACCCAGCCCCAGCGGCCGCUUUCCUUGACAGAGGAGCUGGAGAAACUGGAGCAAUCCAUCACCUUGACCCUCCAAGAGAUCGACCACAAUUUUAGCCAAGCCCAUCGAAUUGUGACGACGAGUAUCCUCCCGUUGGUUGAACAGUAUACGGAGCAUUCUCAGGAUGUUUGGCAGGGCGCUAAGUUUUGGAAACAAUUCUUUGAAGCCAGUGCCAAUGUCUCUCUCUCUGGCUAUGAGGAACGACCCAAUGAGGACGAGACCCUACAAGAGACCACCGCCACGGAAGAGGAUAUCUCGGCCGAUAUCACCGAAACCACGAGCAUGGACGAGCCAGAUCAAUCCUACGCAACGCCUUCUUCACGUCGCCCGGAUGGGCAGCAUGGCCAAGGAGAUGAUAUCGACCUUACCGCGCUUAAUAUUUCUUCUCACAGCACGCCGCGUGCACCAACUCAUCAAGGAGACGACGAUUUCACCAUUUCUUCCCUUGACCACUCCUCUUCAUACGAGAACCUGAGAAAGCAGAUCAACCAGGACGAGGCACCAUUCGAUAUGCCUGACUCGUCGACUUUACCAUCUACGCCAGGUCGACAACCCUUCUUCCCACCAGAUGUUGGCUCCGUGACCCCGAUGUCUUCUCCAUUCAUUCCUCCAGCCUCGUCAGCACGGUAUCAAUCUGCCUCGCGAGACAAUCGCUACCAGAAACCCUCCGACCCUGUUAUGCACCAGGUUCUCGACAAAACAUAUCGGGUCCAAGCAACUCCGCUGGGCAAGGGGUUCCGCAAUGAAGGCGCAGGCGCCAAUACCCGCUCCAAGUUCACCGUUACGCCGAAUGCCGCUUCUUCUUCGCGCAAUGCACGCGUGAAUGCAACCCCCGGGACGAACCGCAAGCGUCGAACCAGCAGCAAUCGCCUUCGUGGCACGCCAAAGCCGGGCACAAGUGUUUUGACGCCCGCGAAGAACCAAGGUCGCCAUACGCCGGUUUGGGAUAGUGAGGAUGACUUGGACGAUGAGGAAGACUUCGGACCUAGUCCACCCAAGACAAUGCAAUUCCAUAUCCCUCAGAGCCGGUUGAUGAAAACACCAGCCAAGGAAGCGUCCAAGCGCAUUGUUACUGAUCUCCUAGCCACUGCCGGUGCAGAUGAUUUUACCGAUGACAUCGACGACGGCCCAAGCCCCAGUAUAAUCCGACGAUCUGGGCGAAUGGAAGAUGAUACGUUCUGA